UGCUAAGUGACACUUGCAUCUUUCAUUGCUUCGUUAGGAAAUGAAUAUUUCAGAUCAAGAUUACGAUGUACACGCUCCCGCCAGUACCUAUUAUACGACAGGUAGUAACUCGGCAACCUCUGGUGUUGGUCGCAAUCGAUCGGUGACCACGUUUUCGCGCAAGGCUGCAGAGCCCUCCAGUGGUCCCAAAAACCAUGCCCCACGGCGUAGAAGAGCUUCUCACGACCCUAAGAGCAAGGCUCGUAAAUUCCUUAUCGACGUUGCAGAGACACAGCGUACUAUUCUAGAGCAGGAGGAUACCGAUGGCGACUUUCAAAUCACCAUUAACGAUAUUGGUCCAAAAUCCCUACUUUUGGGAACGGCCGAUUCGGGAGGUUAUCGGACUAUCGAUGUCCGCGGCACCUAUAUGCUCUCCAACCUACUUCAAGAACUUGCCCUUGCCAAUGACUACGGACGCAAACAUAUUGUGCUGGAUGAAGCGCGAUUGAGUGAAAACCCUGUAGAUCGUCUGACCAGAAUGAUACGGUAUCAUUUUUGGGAUGGCUUGACCCGUCGUAUCGAUGCUGAUGGCCUGGAAAUCAUUUGCGCAGAUCCCAAGAAUCGCUCUGCUAACCACAACCCAAGAAUUUAUAUCCCAUGGGAUCAAACCGAAGUUUAUGAAUAUUACAAAAAGACAGCCGCGGCACGGCCACAUCUUCAUCUGGAGGUCGAACUUCUUCCCCAUGAUAUCACGCCGGAGUACGUCAAAAGCAUCAACGAUCGACCUGGUAUUUUGGCACUGGCUAUGAAGAGAACUGUCGACGCUAAAGGAAACGUCAACUUUGAGGGCGUUCCAUUCGUGGUACCCGGCGGCCGUUUCAACGAAAUGUACGGUUGGGAUUCAUACUUUGAAACACUUGGACUCAUCGUAGAUGGACGGAUAGAUUUGGCUCGCGGAAUGGUCGAUAACUUUUCCUAUGAAAUUCUGCAUUAUGGCAAGAUUUUGAAUGCCAAUCGUUCCUACUAUCUCACUCGGUCGCAACCUCCAUUUCUAACGGACAUGGCCAUCAAAGUAUUUGAGCGUCUUAACCCAGAAAAGGAACAAGAAAACAAGGAAUGGCUGACAGAAGCAUUCAGAGCUUCCAUCAAAGAAUAUCACACUGUAUGGAUGUCAGAGCCUCGCUUGGAUCGAAAAACUAUGUUGUCAAGAUUUUACCCCACUGGCCUAGGUAUCCCACCUGAGACAGAAGCCUCUCAUUUCGACCAUAUCAUUGAACCAUUUGCUCUCAAGCAUGGAGUCAGCAUUGUUGAGUUCGAUCAGAAAUACAACGAUGGAGAAAUUAAAGAACCUGAGCUCGACGAAUACUUCUUGCAUGAUCGUGCUGUUCGAGAAUCCGGUCACGAUACUACCUACCGAUACGAAAAGAGAUGCGCCAAUCUUGCAACCAUCGAUCUUAACUCCUUGUUGUACAAAUAUGAAAUCGAUAUUGGUGAGACUGUCCGAGAUAUCUUCCAUGGUGAAUUUACAGACUACGAUGGCGUCAAGCAAGAUCCAGAAGUAUGGUUCAAGAGAGCUGCUGAGCGUAAGGAACGAAUCGACAAAUACUUAUGGAACGAGAAGGAGAGUUUGUAUUUUGAUUACGAUACUGUCAAGGAAAAGCAAAGCACCUACGAAACUGUAACUGCAUUCUGGGCUCUCUGGGCUGGCUGCGCAAGCGAUGAUCAAGCUGAAAAGUUGACGGAAAACUCACUCAGCAAGUUCGAAGUGACGGGCGGUCUUGUUUCUGGUACAGAAAGUUCUCGUGGUCUUAUCUCACUUGACCGUCCCAAUCGACAGUGGGACUUCCCCUUUGGUUGGGCUCCUCAUCAAAUCAUGGCAUGGCGUGGAUUCGUAAACUACGGUAAAAUGGAAAUUGCUCGACGUCUUGCCUACCGCUGGUUGUACACCAUCACCAAAUCAUUUGUCGACUUUAAUGGUGUCGUUCCGGAAAAGUUUGAUGUUGUAAGCUUAACGCACAAGGUCGAAGUGGAGUAUGGUAAUGUUGGUGUCGACUUCAAGUUUGUUCCACGAGAAGGUUUUGGAUGGAUGAAUGCUUCAUACCAAGUUGGCUUGAGUUAUCUCAACACUCAUAUGAGACGAGCACUUGGAACGUGCACCAAUCCGGAUUUGUUCUUCGAAAAGAGUAUGGCUCGUCUCAAUAUUCUCCACAAUGGUGUAGACGAAAUGAGAAGAAGAUCCUCCAUUCUCGCUGCCAAAAGACUUGCUCGUAGUGGAAGCAUCACUGAAGCGUCCGUCACUCGUAUCACUAAUGAUAGUGGUCUUGGCGGCGGAGCUGAUGGAGCGGUUGAUUUUACACAUCGGUCAUCAGCAGAAUUCUUACGUCCUGAACCAGCACAGGCGGAUGCACCACCUUCAGACCCGCCUAUUGCUACACCUACCAUUAUGCUUCAACAAUUUACCUUGGGUGACGAAAUAUCACCUUUGACUACGCCUGAUGCAGAAGUCACCAUUAACAAGGUGCUGCAAUAGAAAACUCUCCCAUUCAGUCAUGUAAUGGUGCCAGCCAUUUUGUAACUCACCCUCAAGCACCCUGGCCUAACCAUCCUUUCUUGCAUGCACGCACCAAUAAAAGAUCCCUUCGAUAUAGAAAAUUAAAAAACUGAUCUGACUAUUUAUUUUUAAUUAUGUAAAGCGUAGU